CAACAUUUUAGUUGGGAUUUGUUUCCCCGAAGAGUUGGAACCAUGGGGGCAAAUGAUUAUGGAUACUACCGGACUAGCAUUUUCAUGGCCAUGUUUGUGGGGUACACCUUGUACUACUUCAACCGCAAGACCUUCUCGUUCGUGAUGCCCUCUCUGAUGCAGGAGAUCACUCUGGACAAAGAUGAUCUAGGCAUGAUCACGAGUAGCCAGUCGCUGGCGUAUGCCAUCAGCAAGUUCAUCAGCGGCGUGCUGUCGGACCAGCUGAGCGCCCGCUUCCUCUUCUCCAUCGGCCUGUGUUCCGUGGGCGCCAUCAACAUCAUCUUCUCCGGCUCCUCCAGCGUGUCCGUCUUCUCCGGACUCUGGUUCCUCAACGGCCUCGGACAGGGCCUCGGGUGGCCUCCAUGCGGGAAGAUCCUGCGCAAGUGGUUCGAGCCGUCCCAGUUCGGCACGUGGUGGGCCAUCCUGUCGUGCAGCAUGAACCUGGCGGGCAGCCUGGGCCCCAUCGUGGCCACGCUGAUGGCGGAGAGCUACAGCUGGCGCACCACCCUCUUCCUCUCCGGCUCGGCCUGCGUGGCCACCUCCGCCUUCUGCCUGCUGCUCAUCAAGAACCAGCCCAGCGACGUCGGCCUGGCCAACAUCGAACCCGGCGCCAAAAAGGGCAAAGGAGAUGCCUCCAGCGAUGACAGCACCCUGAAGGAGUUCCUGCUGACGCCCUACCUGUGGGUGCUGUCUCUGGGCUACCUGGUGGUGUUCGGGGUCAAGACCGCCUGCACCGACUGGGGACAACUCUUCCUCAUCCAGGACAAGGGACAGACGGUGCUCAUGGGCAGUUCCUUCAUGAGUGCGUUGGAGAUCGGGGGGCUGAUUGGCAGCAUUGCAGCUGGGUACCUCUCUGACCGAGCCGUGGCCAAACAAGGCCUGAGCAUUAAUGGAAACCCUCGCCAUGGCCUCCUGCUGUCCAUGAUGGCCGGCAUGUGCGUCUCCAUGUAUCUCUUCCGGGUCACCGUGACCCCUGACAGCUCAUCGGUUUGGAUCCUUUCUCUUGGCGCCAUUUUUGGCUUCUCAGCAUAUGGACCAGUGGCGCUCUUCGGAGUGAUAGCCAAUGAGAGUGCUCCUUCAAACUACUGUGGAACGUCACAUGCCAUCGUUGCACUCAUGGCCAAUGUGGGUGGCUUCCUGUCCGGCCUGCCCUUCAGCACCAUCGCAAAGUAUCAUGGGUGGAACACGGCAUUCUGGGUCGCCGAGAUCACCUGCAUCAUCACCACCGUCUGUUUCUUCCUCCUGCGCAACGUCCGCACCAAGAUGGGCCGCGUCCCCAAGAAGGAGGACUAGGGAGCGGGAGCGGCCGUCAUGGCAGACAUGCGAAUGCCACCACCUUGUUUGUACUUCAGAGACCAGUCACUGUUCACACACACACAUCUGCAUCUCUCCUACAUACGUUACUGGUCUCAAAAGGAAUUCAUGGAUUAGCAUUUCUUUCUCAUUUUUUUACAUGAAUGUCUGUGUCUCAUAGCAUUCUAAGGGCGGGAAAGUAUUACAUUAUUAUUAUCAUCAUUAUUAUUAUUAUUAUUGCUAUUAUUAUUAAGAUUGUAAACGGACACGGUGCUAUGUCGAAAUGGAAGGGAUGCAACUCCACGAUUGUGCCGCAGGAUGACUUAGAGUUCAGAGUCAUGAUAUGAGCCACGAAAUCCUGUCGCCUGGACACGUGUUAAAUCUUAGUUCAGACCUCAUCAUCUCAAGCUUUUAAUAGGAAAUAUUAAAUAGGACACAGAUUCUCCUCAAGGGAGGGAGCAAAUACUUAUUUUAUUAUGUAUAAAGAAAGUAAAAAUCCAUGCAUUGUGCACAAUGAACAUCGGUACGCCUCCUUUUAUCUAUUUUCCUAAAUCCUGCCUGUUUCCCCCUACCCUAGAUUGUUGUGGUAGCUGUCACAGAUAUCGAGAUGCACCUCAGCACCAUUUUGUAGGAACUGCCAGCCACGUUACCUUAGCUUAGCUCACCCCACUGACAACUGUGACUGACAACACAACGCGCGUAUUAUGAGGCCAGCAUCUGAAUUUCAUGCAAUACUUCGGCAUGUCCUUUUCACCUCACUUCACUACUGUUAUUAGAAUGUCAUUAAGAUGCAAUAACAAACACUUUUGGUAGGCUACUGCUGUGCCUUGCCCUGGUAGAAACUGUUUACACGUAUAUGGAUCUUUUUGAAAACGCAUUGGUUUUGGCCUUCCGUUUACAAGUAAACAGAGUUUUCAAAUCCGCAUAUCAAAAAUCCGGCUUUAAAAAUAUCCCAUUUAGGAGGCUAAAAUGUUGCAAUGAAGUUUGAAUUUUUAUCCACAUGGUGCGUUUACACCUAAACUGGAUAACAAAAAAAAUAUCCACAUUUAAAAAUAUCCAGAUACGUAUAAACAGCACCUUAGCCACAGAUCUCCUCCCUCUCUGCCAUUAGGGACGGUGAUGUAGAGCAGUGGUUCCCAACCUAUGGGUCGGGACCCAACCUAUGGGUCGCCAAAGAUUCACGGGGGGUCGCGAAGCCCUCUUGAGUUUAAGGGGUUUCAUUUUAAUACCAUAUGUAGCCCAUGUUGAAUGAAUGACUAAUGCAUAGAAGCAACAAAAUGUAAGUGCUACAUUAAACAUUUCUUCUGUUUUUGAACAAAGACGAAUUGAGGAAUAAAAUGAUGACUAAAAUGAGUUUUCGGAGGAGACAGAGCGUAUCGAGUGACUUCCUCUCAUGCGGGCGCUGGGUCACCAAAGCUUACAAUAGUAAAAACAUGGGUCCCUGAAGAAAAAGGUUGGGAACCACUGAUGUAGACAGUACACACUUGGCAUAUGUUGUAUUAAAAGCCACCUCUGUUGCACCAGCGUUGUAGUUGGACUGACACAGAGACCUUCGUUCGUCCUCAUAGUUCUACCUCCACCCCCUUCAUUCCACUUCAGAUGAAUUAGUGUUCACAAGCAUUUUAAAUAGUUCUGUUUUUUUGAAAACACAAUGAAAGUAAAUUGGUAUUGCACAAUUGCACAUGAAGGCAUGAUGUACUAAAAACUGAACCGCAUUCCCCUUUCACAGGGUUUUUAAUCCUGACACAUUUGUAAUGCUUUUGCAAAUUUGAUGUAUAAUUCACAUUAAUUUUAAUAAUACUGUAACUGAAAAAAAGAUUGUGAAAUGACCGUUUUGUAAAUAAUACUUGAAUAACAUUGCAUACUACUUGACAGAUGCGUUAUUUUUCUUGGGAAUUGCACAAAGCAUGUACCGGUAACACUAUACAUUCCCAUCUCAGUUUCAAUCCUGACAACUUUUGUAACUGUCUUGUUGUGAAUGUGUUGGUUCUUGUUAUUAAUUUAAUGUUGCUGUAAUGAAAGUCUUAUUAAAGCUCAAUGUAAACAAUACCAAAAUGA